UUCUUCAACGUUGAAUAUAUUUUAACAUUCUUUUUUUUGUGUUAAUUGAUGCAAAAAUUUCCAUGUUUUUCGCUUUCAUCAGAUUCAAGGUGAUUGUAGUCCAACCCAUUUUAGAGAGAUGUCUAAAAUUAGUCAAAAACCUGUAGCAGAAACAGAGCGAUUCAAACCGCUUUCAUCAAUCGUCCUCGAUCCAUAAAUAUUUCGCAUCGAUUCGUCUUCCACAUUCCUCGAUUCUUCGUUGUCGGAUCAAUUUUCCCCAAUUUUCCCCAAUUUCGUUCUGGUUCAUUAUCGAUUAAUUUCAUCUUCUAAGAAAUUCACGGCCCAACUUUUGGUUUUUUGAUUUACGCUCCGUUGAAUCUUGAAAUCGACUGGGAAUUGAGAGUUACUAACUUGGAUGGCUGAGACAGGCUAAUUGAUUUGCAUGCUCUGUUGCUUCAAGCUAACUGGGAUUCUUAUGACGAAUACUGCAACCGCAACUGAGCUGGAUGCAUUUUAUCCAGUUAGAGCUGAAUGUGUAGCAGAUAUUCCGAAGACCCGAUUUAAAAUUAAGCCGGGGAAAACUCUUAGUGCAAGAAGGUGGGAUGCAGCAUUUUCUAAAGAUGGCCAUUUGGAUAUAGCCAAAGUGCUUAGACGAAUUCACCGUGGGGGAGUUCACCCUUCUAUCAAGGGUGCAGUUUGGGAAUUUUUGUUGGGUUGUUAUGAUCCUAACAGCACAUUUGAAGAGAGGAAUGGAAUCAGACAGCAACGUAGGGAGCAAUAUGGCGUCUGGAAAGACGAAUGUCAAAAGAUGGUUCCAAUGAUUGGUACUGGAAAGUUUGUUACAACGGCUAUUAUCACUGCGGAUGGACGACCGGUAGAGGAGGAAACAAGCACAAAUUUACAAGAAAUUGAUACCGUGGGCACAUCGGAUGAUUCUCCGGGUGGAAACAAUUCUACUUUAGACAAGAAAGUUAUUGAAUGGAAACUAACUUUACAUCAGAUAGGUUUGGAUGUAGUUCGCACAGAUCGAGCUCUUGUAUACUACGAGAGUGAAGCUAAUCAAUCAAAACUUUGGGAUAUCCUUUCUGUUUAUGCUUGGAUUGAUGGUGAAGUUGGUUAUAUGCAAGGGAUGAAUGAUAUUUGCUCGCCAAUUAUAAUUCUACUCGAAAAUGAAGCCGAUGCUUUUUGGUGUUUUGAUCAUGCAAUGCGCAGACUAAGAGAAAACUUUAGGUGCAAUACUGGUACCAUAGGAGUGCAAUCUCAGCUCAGUACGUUAUCACAAGUAAUUAAAAUUGUUGAUCCUAAGCUUCAUCAACAUCUCGAGGAGUUGGAUGGUGGAGAAUACUUGUUUGCAUUUCGGAUGUUGAUGGUGCUUUUUCGCAGAGAGUUCUCCUUUGUGGACAGUUUAUAUCUUUGGGAGAUGAUGUGGGCCAUGGAAUACAAUCCAAACUUGUUCUUAACGUACGAAUCGGGGUCUGAUUCGAAGGGUGGAGGGGGAACCGGUGGGAACGACAAACAUCUAAAACAGUAUGGGAAAUUUGAGAGGAAAAAUGUGAAGAUGGGACCCAAUGAUCAGCAACUUCCGCUUCCAGUUUUUCUAGUUGCAAGUGUCCUCGAGGCCAAGAAUAAGCGAAUUCUCAAGGAAGCCAAAGGUUUGGAUGAUGUUGUAAACAUAUUGGGUGAUGUAACUGGAAAUCUGGAUGCCAAAAAAGCAUGUAAUGAGGCGUUGAAACUACAUAAGAAGUACUUGAGCAAGAUCAAGAACUAGCAAAUGGCUGGUAGGCUCAAGAUGGGACAAAGAAAGCCAGAGGAUUGCUACUUCAGAAAUGAUUCCCAUUCUGUUUCCAUUUAUCCAUCAUUCCAAGGAAGUGAUCGAACGAAGAAAAUUCCAAGUUUGGUUUGUGUAUAUAUUUCAGAUGUUUGUGUAUUAUUGUGGCUUUUGGCCUUUUGGUUAUUCAUAUCUCUCUCAACUUAUCUUUGGAUUCCACUAUUUUUUCAAAUACUUCAUUACAUUUAUGCUGAUUUUCUGGGUCAAGAAACAAGAUAUGUUCUAGGGGUUGAAGAAUUUUGAGGCACCCUUUGUUAUUUUUUCCUUUUUAUAUAGACUACUAAGAUUGUGUAAAGUAAAGUCGGGGUGUCAUAGCUAAGCCUAUUG